GAGCUGUCCACUGUCAAUUUCAUUUUAAAAUUAACUUUGAGCCUUGAAGAUAACCAAACAAGUUGAUUAAAAAUUAGCCGCUUUGUAAAUUGAAUUAAAGUAUGUAGGCAUUGUACUUAAAAUAAUAAUUAUAAUUUUAUUUUUGAAGUACUUAAAGAAAAACGUACAUACUGGAUUUUAUAUCAUUAUUGAGCAAUUUAUACCACUCGAAAGAACUAAGCUAUUUGAUAGAGUAAUAUUAAUCAUAAUUUGGAAAAAAACAUUAAAUGGAUACUAACAACGUAAUAAAUAAGGUUCAAAAAUUAUUAAAUGUCUUCUAUGUACAACAGAAGGCGGCAAGCAGUGUUACCAAGUGUUGGAAAUGGAACAUUAACGAAUUUACUAAUAAUCAAGUUAAUCAUAGAUAUGCAGUACUUAUUCUCAAUCGGACAAUAUCUCAGAAGCAAGAGUUUAUAAAGAAAAUAUGGAAUAAUGCAACUUUAAGAAUAGCAGUUGACGGAGGAAUGGUACAUUGGGAGAAAUUUGUAAAUAAUUUACCUGUAAUUGACCAGACAACCAUGAAGCUACCUGACCUGAUUACAGGAGACUUUGACUCCAUAACUGAAGAUGUUCUAGAAAAAUAUAAAACGAAAGGUUGUAAGGCUAUUCACACCCCAGACCAAGAUCACACAGAUUUUACGAAGGCCUUAAAAGAAUUGAACAAUUACUGCAUAGAUAAUGAAAUUCAGAUGGAUCAUGUUAUUGCAAUAGCACAAAGCUCGGGAAGAAUAGACCAAAUUCUAGGUAAUAUUCAAACGUUAUAUUUAGUCAGAGAGGAGAGGUUGUUGCACCCUGAAACCAAAAUGUAUAUAAUGUCAGAUGAUUCUCUAACAUGGCUCCUGAGUCCGGGAGAUCAUAUCAUUGAUAUACCAGAAGAAAGCAGGCGAGUUAAAGGUUGUUGGUGCGCCUUGAUACCAGUGGGCGAAGUUUGUGAAAGAGUUACUACAAAUGGCCUCAAAUGGAACUUGGACAAUCAGCAGCUGAAAUUUGGCCGAUUGGUGAGCACGUCGAACACUUUUGAUGGAUCCGAACAAGUGAAGAUCAAGUGCAGUCACACACUCGUUUGGGCAAUGGAAAUACCUAGUUUAACAAAUGUACAUUCUGAUAAGGAGAACUGUUAAUUUGUAAGUUAUUUUUUGACAUGAAGUUAGUUUAGUGCAGUCAAAUUAAAUUACAGAGGUAAAUGAGGACUCUUUAUAAUA